GGGUAAACAUGAAGUAUGAGGUUGACACUUAAGUUGAUAACACCGUACAUACGUACCCUUUUGACCCUACAACGUCCCGGAGUGAUACAGGACGGGUUUGCUUCAAUCCUAACACCACUUAGAAAGAUGACGUCUCAAGGACAAGGCGUGGUCGCCCGGGAGGAGUUGCACAGUUAUGUGGUGCGGUGUAUGGAGGCGGUAGGGACCAAGAGGGGGCACGCAGAAGCACUUGCCGAUCUUCUGGUGUCGGCCGAUUAUCGGGGUCACUACAGUCACGGGCUCAACAGAUUAGACAUGUAUGUCAAUGAGGUUAAAGCCGGAAUGACGUCAACAGGUCAAGAUAACGAACCAACCGUUGUGAAGGAAACGAUAGCAACAGCACUGGUGGACGGCAACAAUGUGUUAGGACCUGUGGUAGGAAAAUUUUGUAUGGACCUGGCCUUGAAAAAAGCCAAGGAAGCAGGAAUAGGGUGGGUCUCCGCUCGAGGAUCCAACCACUUUGGAAUUGCGGGUUGGUACACUAUACGUGCAAUGGAACAAGGAAUGUUGGGAAUGUCUUUCACCAAUACCUCUCCUUUAAUGGUACCAACGAGGGCGAAGGAGCCCACUUUGGGAACGAACCCGAUAAGUUUGGCAGCACCAGGUAACAAUAAUGAUGCUAUGGUAUUAGAUAUGGCCACGACCAGUGUGGCCCUCGGAAAGAUAGAGCUACAAGAUAGAAAGGGGGAGCCUAUGCCGUCUGGAUGGGCAUUGGAUAAAUCAGGGAAGGAAACUCACGAACCUAGCCAGUACGCCGGUCUUCUUCCUCUCGGUGGCACUGAACAAAGCAGUGGAUAUAAAGGCUACGGUCUAGCAAUGAUGGUAGAGGUUUUCUGUGGUAUACUAUCCGGAUCAGCCUUUGGUCCUAAUGUACGCAGCUGGAAGGAGUUUAACAAGAAAGCAAAUCUGGGUCAGUGCUUCAUCGCUAUCGACCCCAAUGCUUUCGCAGACGGCUUCUCGGACCGAAUGAGUUCCCUGAUAGAUCACUGUCGUAACCUAGACACGGCAGAAGGUGAGACGGAGGUACUAAUUCCUGGAGACCCAGAGAAGAAGCACAUGCAAGAAUGUGAUGGUUUAGGAGGCAUUCCUUAUCAUCCAAAUCAAAUAAAAUUUGCAAACGAACUGGCGGACAGACUAGGAGUCAAGCCUUUUGAAGUCAAGUAAUUCUAACUGUAGGAAAUAAGGUUAUGAAUAAGCGCUUGAUGUAGAUGGACGAGUGAGAGGUACUAAAGAAGACUGUGUUGAUUUUAAAUGGGAUGAUAUGGCAUUUCAAAUAUAUAUCACAGUCGUUAUUUUUCACAUUGUUAAAUUUUCAUGAAUAUAUAUGUUUAGGUUGUUUCAAGCUUUUGUACGUAUUGUUGUUAUAUACUGUACGAUAUAUGUUUACCAUCAAUAAAAAUAUCAACACGA